CACGGAAGGGGCGGAGCUCCGCCCCGGGCAGCGGCUGCUCGGCGGCGGCGGCUAAUAACAACACGGAACGGAGCGGUAACUUCGCCCCGUUCUUCCGGCUGCUCGUUCAGUUCGCCUCCUUCUCGCUUCAUAUUUUCGCUUUAUUUUAAGUAGAACGAUAACGUAAAGCGCACGGAGGGCCGGGCCAUCCCGCCGGCAGCUCUAAGCUGAGGCAGAGCGCUGCACACCGGCAGCCAGCCGAGCCCCGGCUGCGGGAGGGAGGGAAGGAGGGGCGGGCAUGAGCUGGAGGCGGGCGCCGCGCUGCUGGUGGCGGCGGGCGGCUCCGGGCCCCGCCUGCUUGGCGGCGAGCGGCGGGCGGCCCAUCCUGGACAUGUCGUACUCCCGGCACUUCCUGGACUUCCAGGGCUCGUCCAUCCCCACCGCCAUGAAGAAGCUGGUGGUGACGGAGCUCAGCCCAAACUUCCGCCAGGCGGUCACACUACGGCGGGACGUGCCCGUGCCUCUGCCCGGCGACGGGGAUCUGCUCGUCAGGAACAGAUUUGUCGGCAUUAAUGCAUCUGACAUAAACUACUCAGCUGGUCGAUAUGACACGUCAGUUAAGCCCCCAUUUGAUGUAGGUUUUGAAGGAGUUGGUGACGUGGUAGCGUUAGGACUCAGUGCCAGUGCCCAUUACUCAGUGGGCCAAGCCGUGGCCUACGUUAAGGCGGGCUCCUUUGCCGAAUACACAGUUGUGCCUGCCAAAGAAGCAGUUCCUCUGCCCUCUGUGAAACCCGAGUUUCUGACUUUGAUGGUAAGUGGCGCUACCGCAUACAUCAGCCUGAAGAAUUUGGGAGGGCUGUCUGAAGGCAAGAAGGUCCUGGUGACAGCAGCGGCUGGAGGGACGGGCCAGUUUGCUGUGCAGCUCGCAAAGAAGGCCAAGUGCCAUGUCAUUGGAACCUGCUCCAGUGAUGAAAAGAGUGGCUUUCUGAAAUCCAUUGGCUGCGACCGUGUCAUCAACUAUAAAACCGAAAACGUUGAAUCUGUUCUUAGGAAGGACUACCCAGAAGGUGUGGAUGUAGUGUAUGAGUCUGUUGGUGGGAAGAUGUUUGACUUGGCCAUUAACUCCUUGGCUACCAAGGGGCGCCUGAUAGUUAUUGGGUUUAUCGCUGGCUACCAAAACCCUACUGGCAUCCAGCCUAUUAAAGCAGAGUUCUUGCCAGCAAAACUGUUGAAGAAAUCUGCCAGCGUCCAGGGUUUCUUCUUGAACCAUUACUUUUCCGAGUACAAAAUGGCUCUGCAGCACUUGCUUAAGAUGUAUGAAAAAGGAGAACUGGUUUGUGAGGUGGACCUUGGAGACAUGUCUCCAGAGGGCAAGUUCAUUGGCUUGGAGUCUGUAUUUCGUGCUGUAGAUUACAUGUACAUGGGAAAAAACAUUGGAAAAAUUGUAGUUGAAUUACCUCACUCUGUCAACAGUAAGCUGUAAAAACAGAACAAUGAUAUAAAUCAGAAGAGAGAAAAUGGGCACUUUAUGCUUCAGAAUUACUAGAAACAAAUUCUUUUUCUUUUUAACUUAGCAAUGGAUAUUAAAUUAAAAAACAGCAUUAAGGCAUUAAUUAAAAAAAUUGUGGAAUUUUUUUUUCCCCCUUCUUUUCUUGAAAGUGCUUUAAUCUGUGGCUGAAGCACGGACUUAAUGGGCCUGUGUUUCAUUCUGUCGCUUGGGCUAGCAUGAGACAGGAACAUUGUUCUUGACAGAAUAAGUCUUGAUGCAGAGGCAGAUUUAGUCUGCAGACUACUUUGAUAAGACUUCACAUAUAGUUCAACUCUGAAUUUUUCUUUCAGCAAUUUUGACUCCUUGAUUUAGAAAUAAAAUUGAUUGAACAAGACUAAGUAUAAAGUUGCACCUUGAGGUUGCUUUAUUAAUCUCAACUUUCUAGAAAAUAAAAAAAAUAAAAAAAACCCAACUAUAUUGUUUUUGUUUUGCUUUGUGUUGUUUUUUAUUUGCCACUAAACACAAUAAUAACAGUUUUGCAUCAUGGGAUCAUAGUAAUGUUCCUUGUCUGUUAACUCAGGGAAAUCUUACCUUCUAACACGGCAAUAAUAAUAAGAAAACUAACUUGAUUUUUUUUCUAUCUAUACCCAUAAGCAAGUGUUGGUUUUUGUUUUUUUAUUUCUAAAUCUUUACAAACAAACUGACAUUACCUUCUUGCCUUUUUGUCUGCUACUGUUAGUUCUUACUGCCCUGUAUCUCCUUUAGUCAGUAUUACGGGAUUAUUGGAGGGGGAUUCUGAACCAUGUUCACAUAUGUAUAUUUUUUUAAAGAUUCAAUAAAAUGAAAGAAGCUUUUUAAAUGUUUGUACAUUUCUUUAUAUCAAUACGGUGAGUAACUCCUUUACAGAUGAUUUCUGUAUUGUAGAGUUCUUUGACCGAUGAUUCUUGCUGUGACUUCCCAUAAUCAGGCUGCUGCUUCUCCUGUUACUGAACAUUGCUUCUACAGAAGCCCUUGUACAGACGACGAGACCAUUUUGAAUCUGCAGUCGUGUUACCUGCUACAAAUAGCAUUGCUCAGGAAUAGAUGAUUUAGUGGGUGCAGAUAAAAGGUUUGGUAAAGUUUUGAAAAUUCCUCAUCACUUAAUAGAAAUCAUUAAUGGUACAUAGAGGGGGAAAUCCAUCUAGGAAGUGUAAUAUUUUCCAGAACAAUAAAAUACUUUAAACUAUGCUUGCUCUAGAUUCCCUCAUCCCCCCACCCCCCGUCAAAUGUUUAUGAUCUUAAAUGCCAUUUUUUGCAAUGUCUUCUGAAGUAAUAUAUACACUUAUAUACAGUUGGAGAGAUGGAAAUUUCAUAAGAUCAUACGUACAGGAAUAAGCUUAAUGAUAGACUGGUAACGUUUAGGGGUUGGAGGAAAAAAGCCAGAAUAAACUUAAUUCAGGACUGACUUUACAUGACAGAUUUUUCAAGUAAUGUUGGAAAAAAAACUUCCAUUUUAAUCAGGCAGCAGAGAAAAUUAUUUUAAAAUUUGAUUUACUGCGUUCUUAUCUCUGCAUUUUUGUGCAUGUGCCAUUAGCAUCUUGAAGAACAGUGUUCAACUAAGCAGCGUUCCUUUUUCAGGCCAUUUCUGACUAGGACAUCCUGAAGGAUUUUUGGGAAAGGUAAAGUGGUUUAGGGUUUUUUUGGUUUUGUUUUGUUUGUUUUUUAACCCAAGGCAAGAUGAUUUUUGUUGUGACUAACAUCUACUGUUUGAAAUGAUCUUCUUUCCUCGGCGGUAUAAUAAACGUAGCAAUGUUAUAGGUAUUUUUCAUAAUGAAAGGAUAUUUUUGGCCUUCCAACCGAGUACUAGAAAGAUGUGAACACUCAAAUAUGUAAAAGGCAAACUGAGCAGACAAAGUUCUGUUUUAUUCCCAGUCUCAUAGUUCCUUCUCUUGUUCAAAGAUACAGUACUCUUGGUCAAUAAAUACAGAUAAAAGAUCAAAAAGAAACAAACCUAGAGUAGAGCAAAGCAAAACUGCAGUUAUUUAGAUCUGUGUUAUGCACCAAAGAGUUACAUGGGUAACAAAGUAAGCUCUUCCUGUCAAAUGCCAACAUCCAGCCAAGUAUCCUGAGUCACAGAGGCACUGAUCAUCGUUACUCCAAUAGCUUUAGCUGUUUGCAGGGCUGUAGCUGUUCUUAUGACAGUUGUGUUUGGACAUACAGCAUUCUUCUUUAUUUUUAAUAUGUUACUUCAUAUAUAACAGCAGUACAGCUGCCCUGGGCUCCCGCGCUAAGCAAAAUAAGGGAACCUUUGGAAGUUCCAUAUAUAUAUGCAUGUAUUCAAACGUGACAUUUUGUUGCUUUUAAUUUUGGCUUCAGGCUUAUUAUUCAGCACUUUAAUACUGAUUACAGGGUAAUUAAAAAGUUUACAUUUGUUACAUGCAGAACUGGUAUGUCUGGGGUACUGAUUUUGUAGCCUUUCUGGGUGUUCGGGUUGGGCUAUGGUCACUUGGGGGGGGGCCUUGUCCUUUUCAUCAAAAGCCUAAAUAAAGGUAAAAAGCAACACAAGAUAAACAUGAGAUGGCUCUUCCUUGAAUGAAUCCAGAACGAAGGGUGAAUUUUUGUUUAAAAGCAAACCUUACAGUUUGCUGGAAGGGAGCAUUAUCAGUGGGAAGAGGGUGAAAUUGUUUCUGAAACACGCAGAUAAGGCUUUUCUACUGAGAUGCAUAAUAAUUUUAGGUAUGUAGGGGUUUUGGAAAGCCAACUUCUCCUUAUUUGAAAGUAUAUUCUGCAAACUUACAGUUACGGGAGCAGGGCUGACUUUGAAUAAGUAAGCUAUGAUGGAUUUAAAUAAUGUUUAAAUAUUAGAUGGAUAGGAAAAUGUGUGUGGCAUGCACACACUGAGAGGUUUAAAUGAUGAUAGGACAUUGAACAUACAAGGAAAAGAAAUACUGUAGAGUCACAGCAAGGGAUUAAUAACAAUACACUUAAUAUGCUUGCAAAAAAAGGUGUAUUAAAAGCUGUGUGCACAGUGGGUACUUAAAUGAUUAAAAAUAAUAAUACAUUUGCCUGGGAAGUACUAAGUAUACUAUAUGUAGAGAGCAGGGAUUUAAAUAAUAAUACUAUUAAUAAUAGCAGCUCAUUGAGAUGUGGUUGCUAGCACUACAUCCUAAUUUUACCUUUCUAAAUGAAUUUGCUACAGAGGAAUCUGGCAUUGUUUGCUGAGGCUAAGAACAGAAUUUCCCUUUCCUACACACAUAUGCUUCUAUGGAAAAAACAACAAAGAAAUAGAUGAAGAGCUGGCUUUUUUCCUGAGCCUGUCACAUGUGUGCAUACGCACGCGCACACGGACACACACGUACUCACUCUCUCUCCUGGCCUGCAACCCUCAGCACAUUUUGCAGAUAUGCUUCCUACUUAAUUGUUAUACUGGAAUCUCCUAAUACCUUUCUGAAUUAAGUUAGUUUUCUACCCAGCAAUAGCUUGUUGUACACUUGUGCAUAUGCAGAUAUACAACGUAUAAAAAAAUGCAUACAUUUCAUAAGCAGACAUCGUUUUCUCCCAUGUCAGAUAAACUGAACUAAUUACCAGCAUCUCAAGGAAAAGUUUGCUGUAGUGUUUGCAGAUACUACAUGUAUUCCUACUUCCAUCUGUGGAGUAAAGAAAUUCCACUGCUGAAUAGCUGUUAGUAUCUAUUUUACAAGAUUUACUCAUUUUCAGGUACCUAAUGUAGCUGCUAGCAUGCAUGCACAACAAUACAAUUUAUAUGGUAAAUGGAACCAAAUAAUGGCUUCACUGAAUGUUAUGGCUGCACUGAAGGGAAAUGUCACGGUAAAUAGCUGCCAAAUUAUGGAUCAUGCCGAAGUGUCACAACUGCACUAAAGACAAAUAGCACUAGAGGCUAUUGCCACUGUGACGCUUUUGAGUUAUGAAGAAGAGGAGCAGCCUGAUGCGAGCCUCUUUGUGUCCUCAUUAUAGCAAAGGGUUACUGGUGCGGCGUUCAGGGAAACCUAGUCCUACGUGGUGGCUAGUUAUUAAUCUGUUCUUUUCCAACCUAACAGCUGGAGCAAAGGAGGAAGUCUUUCCUUGCUUUAGAAAUACAUAUACACACACAAACAAAGAAAAACCUGCAGGUUUUAUGAAUGUAAAUGUGUACGGGAAAUGACUGGUAAUGGAAAAAUGUUGUAAUAAAAUAAUCUAAUCAAAGAAUAUUAUUAAAUUUAACAUCGUAUGUGUCUGAAAGCUUUAGUUGCUUCUUAUGCAGAUAGAUGUGUGAAAUAUAAGCAAUAAUGCACUUUCUCUCUUUGUAAAGACUUGAGUAGUAAGGACAUUACCAACUAAAUUGCUUCUUCUAAACUGAAGUGUGUCCCGGUUUCUUUCAUUUUAAUGGGAGGGUAAUAAAGAUGAAAGACUAACAUUUUAACUGAUGGAUCCCUUAAGCUACAGAAUCAAAAUUUAUUAUGUUUUGAGGGAAUAUGCUAAAUCCUGAAGUGUGGAGAGAAGCAGGGAAACCCCAGGUAAAAUAAAAGCAAAGUAACCUUUUUUCUUUCUUUUUUUAUUUUUCUUUUUAAAUGGCACACUUUCCUGAACAGAAAACCAUUUGGUGCUCUUAACUUAAGCUGAGAAAACAAUAUUGUUCAGUCUUUUAAGGGAUUAAAAAAAAAAAA